GUGUGGGUUCAUUCAUAAAUAGAUCGCCUAGCGAGAGAGGUAGAGGUGAGACGUGUUACAACCACCGUCUGUGAAUUAUAUAUAGAACUUAUUCGUAUUUCAGUGAAACCUACGUGUGGAAUUUUACUUUCAUCAAGCAGUGCUUCUAAACCGAUGGCGAACACUGAGUUCCUUUUAGAAGAGACCGAAAUUUUCGAGGAUCAAAUUGUGCCUGACCAAGACGACUGUUUCCUCCCGCCUAGCGCGGAUGUGUCCUCGCAGUGGAACGUUGUCCAAGAGUUGGAAAAAUACCUUCCAUAUGACCCCCUGAGUCAAGCGCCUACUGUUAAAAAGGUGAGGCGCGAAAGCGCCUCAGUAGUUGACGAGUUCUUUGGAGAUGACAAAGACACAAGGGAACUGAACAGCGCCAAGCAGCGCGUUCAGCUGGCGCGAGCCAAAUACAUGGACUUGGGUCAUCUUAGAACAGGGUUGAUAGGUUCCCAGAAAUCCCAGGCAGGGGAUAUUCCAAGGCGUGGAAGUUCUUCUCUCAUUUCUGAAUUCUUUGGAGAUGUUUCGACUCCCAAGAAAACCACCACGUCAAUCAAAAAGGUGGAUACUGCUUCGUUUGACGUCAGUGCCACUAUGAUGGACACGUUCGUCCCCAGUAGUUACACCGAGCUGGAGGAGCAGAGUAAGAAAGUGUCGGAUUCUCUGUGGGAGGAUCUUAGGAGUAGUUUUGAUAUUCUAGAUCCUUCUAUGAACGAAGUUAAGAGGGACGAUGUGUUCCAAGCGAAGGGUGCAGUUACGGUACCCAAAAUCAAACCCGAGUUUACGGACCUUUCUAGUAAACCUUCUUGUCAAUUUGAAGACUCGCAAAGGACAUCGCCUAACGGUAUUACUAUCAAACUGGAGCCGUCGGAGUCGGGUUGUCUCCUGACACCCAGUGUGUGCGAUAGUUUCAACUCUCGCCCCAAGACUCUACCUAUACCGGUGCCCCAGCAACUUAUUCUUUCCCAGCCCGGCUCAUCAGUUGUGCAAUAUAUCACCCAGCUUAGAUCUGUGGGCAUCAACAAAUCCCAAGUGACCACAAACAAUCGGAUGUACAUGAGCACCCCUCCCCACACUGUCCCAGUGUUACCCCCAACUCCUCCAAAUUCUCAGCCCGGAAGUCCAGACCAAGACAUUGUCCGUCGCACUCCCCCACCCCCAUACCCAGGACUUCAUCGCCCGUCUCCCCUGUCGUCUCCGGCCGGUGGUUUCAGCAACGUCACACCAGUCAUUCCCAUCAGGACAAGCACACCGACACGUAACAACAAACCCCAGUUGACACAUCCAGGGUGUUCCACCAUCAGGUACAACAGGAAGAACAACCCGGAGCUGGAGAAACGACGUAUCCACUUCUGUGAAUUUCCAGCUUGUAGAAAGGCUUACACCAAGAGUUCCCAUCUGAAGGCUCAUCAGCGGAUACAUACAGGUGAAAAGCCAUACAAAUGUCACUUCCCAACGUGUCAGUGGAGGUUUGCGCGGUCCGACGAGCUGACCAGACACAUACGAAAACACACAGGUGCCAAACCCUUCAAGUGCAAGGUUUGUGACCGGUCCUUCGCUCGGUCAGACCAUCUGGCCCUGCACAUGAAACGCCACGAGCCAAAAAAAUAAAGGGAAACACAACCCGAGAUUUUUUUAUCGUGGGACUUUGGACGAGCCCGCACGUUUGGAACCCAUCAAUGACUGGGUCUCCAUGAAGAAUCCAAUUGGAAGGCUAUUUAACAAAGAGCCUAGAACGAUUGUAGCAAGACUUUUGAAUGUCUGAAUGCGAGCAGCCAUCAUAGGACAAGUGCUAGGGCAACAGGGAGACUUUCUUGUUACGCCCGUGUUGCUGGAGGAUUGCCCAAUGACCGAAUUUGGGUAGAGAGAGACACAUUUUUAAUGAGAAUGGUUCUUAAAAGAACACAUGUAUGAUUGGCCAGUUUUGGUAUACAGAGAUCAGUGAAAAUACUGAACGGUACGGUUUUGGAUUGGGUGUUAAAUACGAUCUCAAACCAAUCGUUUUUAAUGAAAAGUGUGAUUUUUGAGAAUAAAAGAUUACCGAAUGCUAGUCGAGGUAGCUAUCGAUAAGUCAUUACUGACAUACUAUACCGGUGACAUUUCUGGUGUAUAACGCCAGGAAACAAUGUUUUUAUCAUGUCAUAGGCUUCGAGAAACUUGUCAACACCACUUACGCUGUGCUUAAGCCGAUAGUUCAGAAUCCGGUAUCGAUCAGGUUGUUUGCUAUCGUCAUCGCGUAUUUACCGUUAACAGCCAGGCGAAUAUUAUACAUAUUGACACAGGCAGUGCGCGUGCGCACUACACAUGGCGAGGUAACGACAUAGAUGUUAAUGGGUAUACAGUUGUUUACUGAGGGAACCUGUUAUGAGUCAUGCUUUCAUUCUACUUUUUCUGCGCAGUGUUGAUGUUGGGUCGUUCGUUGUUGCUAAUUAUUUUGACGUAGAUUGAGAAAAGUGCCAUUGAUUGUUAUACGUCAUUAGGAGUUGUUAUAUCAGUAUUUGUUAACGUAGAGAAGUUCAUCGCUGUUGUUUUCCCGUUUCAUCACCAUUCCAGAACUACGACGUGUAAUCUGCUUAGUCAAUAUCAACAUUUAUUGAGCUUUUUUGCUUCUUUUGUUUCUUUUUCCUUUUUUUCUCUCAAUUUUUUUUCUUCAAUUUACUUUUAAAACAGAAAUCCUAUAGUGUUAAUUUUCAGGGUUUCUUUGUUUUUAUCUCUCUAAAUAUCUUUGGUAUCUUAUACAGUUUUUGUCCAUUUUUCAAUGACACAAAUCUGCCAUCAGAAAUCCUUUGAAUUGUUUUUGAUGUUGUGAAAUAAUGUCCAAUGGUAAAUGAAAUAAAAAUCUGUAGAAAUAUAUUUAUAAUAUCUAUUUUAUUAUGUAAUUUUAACAACGUUAUUUUCAAUUAGUUGUAAUUAAUUUACACGCAGAAGAUCCAUUUGAACUUUACAGAAGAACUGCUGAAAAAUAAAACAAAAUUGACUCAAUAGCACAUAGUGUACCUACGAGCACAUAGUGUACCUACGAGCACAUGGUGUACGUACCUACGAACACAUGUGUACGUACCUACGAGCACAUGGUGUACCUACGAGCACAUGUGUACCAACGAGCACAUGGUGUACGUACCUACGAGCACAUGGUGUACCUACGAGCACAUAGUGUACCUUCGAUUGACAGAAAAUCUCUUAGAGAAUCAUUUAAGUUAAAAGUAAUGUUAGACACGCAGUCCUGUUGAACGUAUUAUACCAAUACGGGUCUGGAGUAUACACUGUAACCGGGAGUAUGUGAUAUUCAGACGAAUAGAUAUGUGUUUGUGAGAUUUUACACGAGGGAGUUGUGCGUGGGGAGUAUAUGGUCGCUGUCGGGGCGACAUGAAGGCUGAUAGCGUUGUUGUUUUCACUAGGUAUUUAAACAUUUUGUGAUAAGAAGAUGUUGUUGUCGGCUCAGAAUCGUUUGAUAUCCUCCAUUGAUAGAUUUUAUAUGUUUUUUACACGUGCCCUUUUGUGACACCUGUAUCGAUGUUUACUUCGAUUAUAGUUUAUUUGAAUGUACAAUAAAACAGAAAAAAACUU